AGCUAGUUAUGAAAAAGACAUUAUGACUAAUUUUUUCUCAAGACUAUAUUAUUUGAAAUUAUUAGAAGACAAGGAAAUACAAAAUCACUAUGUAAAUAUUAUCAUAGAAGAUUUGGAAAAAGACCACAGUCAAUUAACUGAAUUUGGUAAAAUAAAUUUUCAAGAACUCCAAGAGGAAACUUCCACUCUUGUAGAAACAGUAAAAUCCAUGUUUUAUGGUACAAAAGGUUCAUUGAUUCCUGAGAUGUUAGCUUUGUAUACAAAGCUUAGUCUCAGAAGUCUUAGCCGAGAUCAAAAUGCUAUGAAUUCCAUCAUAAAAACUGCAUGGAUUGACAUUGAUGGUUACAAAUUAGUACAUGACUUUAUUAAAAAAUUCACUACUGAAAAUAAAAGUAUAGAAAUAGAAGAAUUAGUAUCUGAAGAUAAUGUUGAUAGUAGUUCUGAUGAUAGCAACAAUGAUAAAGAAUAUGAUGAUAUUAAUACAGUUGAUGAAGGAUUUGACAUAAAUCAUUUUCAUGAAAAGAUUUCAUUGUACAUUGAAAAGCAUCCUGAUCUACCCCCAAAAGCACUAAGUAUUUCUCUUGAGGUAUUAAAUUGUGAUGAAAUUGAUGAUGGAGACCUCUUAUCAGAAGGGAUAUUAUGUGCACCAUAUUUAAAAAUUGAACAACCUAUGUUAUUCAAAAAACUGAAAAAAAAGAAGCUUCUGGAUCUUCAAUAUAAUGAAGAACAUUGUGUUGAAUUGGUUGAGCAAGAGAAAAUUAUAAUCAAAAGUCUUAUAAUUAAUAAUGAUGUCAGCCUAUCAAAUAUUCAUUAUCGUGAUAAACGAUCACGACUUGCAUUAGUGGAUCUUGUAUAUGCCUUUAAAAAAAUCUGGUCAACCAGCUCAUACCAAAAUUGCAAGAAAAGCAUCAAUGAAAAAACAUUUUCUCACGAUAUUGUUAGUCACAUUAUUAAAUUUAUAUUUUACGAUAUUGGUUUAGAAUGUCGAUGGGAUGGCAGUUUAUCUGAAUCUACCAAAUGUCGUAACAGAACUGACCAAGGCCCAAACAAGUUUCCAGAUUUUUUUGCAUAUGCAGAAAACCAACAAUGUAAUUUUCAUUAUGAAUAUCUUUUUUUAGAGAUAAGCAACGGACCUUGGGCAUCUGGUACUGAACAUGAUCAUGAAUCUAUCCAAUUUGAGGUAUAUAUUGAAAAAAUUUCCUUUCAUUUCAAUCCAUUUUUAUGGAACAUUGAUGGAGAUCAAAAUCCUAGAUAA